GGGCAGCCUUGUGGGACUGAGUCUUUAACCUGUGGGGUCUAUGCUAACUCCAGGUAAUUAGUGUCAGAAUUGAAUUGAAUCGUUGGACCCUCAGCUGGGGUUGGAGAAUCAGAGGCUUUGGAGAUGAUGUUAAGCCAUUCUAGUAGCACAUUGGAUAGUCCCUCUCCUUCUCUCAAAGGUAAAAAGUUCUCUCUAUUUCCACCAUCAGUGAGGGCUCCAUGUAUGAUUGCUCCCCGGACCAUCUAAGAGUUUGGAGUCUCAGGGAGAUUAAUACUUCAGCUGAACACAUCUUCACACUGAUUUUCUUUGUAUAUUUGUUCACAGUUUUAUUUAAAGAGGAGAUGAGACCUGGAGCAAGCCAGGUUCUGCUUGCACGCCUCAGUCAGCAAAACAAGCCUGCUGGCAUCGUGGCUCGCUCUCAGAAGGCAGCCUAUAUAGUUCAGACCCCCGAGAAUAUGUCUCCAACUGCUGCUACAGAGGCUUAUUCAAAAGCUUUGGCUGUUUGCCAUGGACCAUUGGACCACUAUGACUUUCUGAUCAAAGCUCGUGAGCUAAAUGAUGAUGAAAAUCAAAGAAGAGUCAUACAGUGUUUGCAGAAAUUACAUGAGGACCUUAAAGGAUACAGUAUAGAGGCAGAAGGCCUUUUUUCAAAGCUUUUUUCAAGGAGAAAACCUCCAAGGGGCCUGUAUGUUUAUGGAGAUGUUGGUACAGGGAAAACAAUGGUGAUGGACAUGUUUUAUGCUUAUGUGGAAAUAAAGAGGAAAAAACGGGUUCAUUUUCAUGGUUUCAUGCUAGAUGUUCACGAAAGAAUACACCGCCUUAAACAGAGUUUGCCAAGAAGGAAACCAGGAUUCAUGGCUAAAUCAUAUGAUCCAGUAGCUCCCAUAGCUGAAGAAAUCAGUGAAGAAGCAUGUCUCUUAUGUUUCGAUGAAUUUCAGGUCACUGACAUUGCUGAUGCCAUGAUUCUGAAACAGCUUUUUGAAAAUCUGUUCAAAAAUGGGGUCGUCGUUGUGGCAACAUCCAACAGGCCACCGGAAGAUCUCUAUAAAAAUGGACUCCAAAGAGCUAACUUUGUACCAUUCAUAGCUGUCCUGAAGGAAUACUGUAAUACAGUCCAGCUAGAUUCUGGGAUAGAUUAUCGGAAAAGAGAACUUCCUGCUGCAGGAAAGCUCUACUACCUCACAAGUGAAGCUGAUGUGGAGGCUGUCAUGGAUAAGUUGUUUGAUGAGCUGGCUCAGAAACAAAAUGAUUUAACUAGACCAAGGAUUCUAAAAGUGCAAGGCAGAGAGCUGCGGCUGAAUAAAGCCUGUGGAACCAUUGCCGACUGCACAUUUGAAGAGCUCUGUGAGAGACCACUUGGAGCCAGUGACUAUUUGGAACUGUCAAAGAAUUUUGAUACAGUAUUUUUACGAAACAUUCCACAGUUUACCCUGGCGAAGAGGACUCAAGCCCGGAGAUUCAUAACUCUCAUUGAUAACUUCUAUGAUUUCAAGGUGCGCGUAAUUUGCUCUGCAUUGACUCCUAUAUCAAGCUUAUUUUUGCAUCAACAUCAUGACAGUGAGUUGGAGCAAAGCAGAAUACUGAUGGAUGAUUUGGGGCUGAGCCAGGACUCAGCGGAAGGACUCUCAAUGUUUACUGGAGAAGAGGAAAUCUUUGCAUUUCAGCGCACAGUUUCCCGGCUCACAGAAAUGCAGACUGAACAGUACUGGAAUGAAGGGGACAGAAGCAAGAAGUAACCGACACUGUUGCAUGAAUAAAACUCUGGGCAAAUGAUUACUGCAGGGAGAACUUUUUAUUACGGGACUUGAAUCAUUUUUCUCAUCAUUAAUUAUGCACUUUGUCCUCUGGACCAUUUUUAUCUAAAAUUGCUGUUGAAGAUGUAGUAGAUUAGUAAGUUAAAGUCAUUCUUAGGUCUAUGUUUUGCCUAUUUAUUUGGCCUUAUUUCUGCACCACAAAAUUAAAAUCAGCACCCUGAAGGUGAAUGUAGGACCAGAUAUUUUGGCUUCUUAUUAAGCCACCUGAAUGAACCUUGAAUACACACACACUCGGUAAAUGCAGGAUGCCUGGACAUCUCUGAGCUUUGGCUACAUGGUAGCCCUAUGAUAGAAACAUCUUUUAUGAGACAGGAGAAAAAAAACCCAAAUUUCACUUCAAAACAAAGAAAGCCUUCUGGUCUUACUUUAAACUAAAGUCAGUAACAUUUUAGAAUGUGGACUUCUCCGUGUGAUUGUAGGGGGCUAUAAAUCAUACUGAAUCUCCUAGGCCUUCAGACUUCCUUAGACAGGGAGUAUGUUUUUUACCCUGAGUUCAAGCUUGGCAGGCAGGACCUGAUCUCCAGUGGACACAGAGUUGCCUGAAAAAAAUCAAGGAUUAUGGCACCAUAGAAUAAGGAGCAAGGGUGUCAAAUUCCAACUGACAGGCAGAUCCCCCAACUCUGACAGCCAGAAGGACAGACACCAGGAAUGGGGACCAGUGAGAGAGUGUCAGGAGGGGCAGAGUCCUGGACACACGAGGCUACAAAGUGGAUUCCUGCUCCCCUGAGGCUACAGGACCAUGGGGACCUCGGCUCCUCCCCGCUGCUCAUAUGCAUUUUCCUCUGGUCGCAGGAUGCUGCUCCUACCCCUGCCUCUGCUGCUGUGGUGCAAUGGGCCUAAUAGUAAAAAGGAAAGACCGCUUGACGAACCUACUUAAAUAAAAUCUGAUUUGUCCUCCUUUGA